AUGGUUUGGGCGACCAACAAUUCAGACCGGUUCACUGGCGGUUCAUCUGAACCGAUUCAAGGCUGGCUAAAGUGGGUCGUCGGGUCGGGUUACGCGAAUCUCGAGUCGGUCUGUUUGGUUUCACCAAAAAAGGCUCUGGGGGGUCUCUGGUCUCGCCGAAAUUCGGUGCCAUGCCUGCACCGUCCGCCGUGUGAGUCACCGCCGGCGGUGGUCGUCGGUGAUCGAAAAAUGGUCAGAAAGUUACCGAAGGUAGUUUGGCACUGGGUUACUCAAUACGGGGAGGACUGGGAGGUAUUUGAAGUUUGGUUUUUCUUUUUGCGUAGGAAUGGGGGACUGUCUGGGGUUAUUGAGGGUGUUUUGAGGGGGGAAGGGUUCGUCGGAGCUCGAGGGUUUUCGUGGGGAGAUCUGGGUGGCUAUAGGAUGGCUAUAGGUGGGCUGAAAGGGAGCUGGUCAGGGGGUUGGUCAGGAGGCUGGCAGGGGGUUGGUCGGGAGGCUGACAGGGGGGCAGCAACGGCGCCGUACCAGCCCCUGUUUGUAAAGGAGUGGAAGGGUGUUGGUGGGGUUGUUACCUCCUGGUUGUGGGGAAUAGUUUUAGGGAAACAACAGUGGGCUUUCAAGGAAAUUGGUGUGGGCUCUAGUGUGUGGCUAGGGUUGAUACUAGAUAAGAUUGGUAAAGGUGGUAGCUUGAAUAAGGGUAAUCAAUUGAUGGCUUUUGGUAAGGGGCUUGCGCUAAAAGGUAGGCCGAAGCUAGUAUUGGGCAAGGCUAGUGAAGGGCUUAAGCUGGGUUUAUACCAGGGCAAUGGAAUGGAGGCCUUUGCGUUUUAUAUCCAGUUUAUACAAAUUUUCAUUAACUUGUUGCCGUACUCUGAGGAGAGAAGUAAAAGUAACAAGGAUGAGAAGAAUGAUGUUGAUAAGGUUGAAGAUGUGAUGCUGCCUGGUUUUCGAUUUCAUCCAACAGAUGAGGGAUUUUACCUUAAGAAAAAGAUUCAGCAGACACCUUUGCCCAUUGAGUUGAUCAAGCAAGUAGACAUAUAUAAACAUGAACCAUGGGAUCUACCAAAGCCAGCAGCUUCAGGGGAGAAAGAGUGGUAUUUCUACUGCCCAAGAGACCGUAAAUACAGAAAUAGUGCAAGGCCUAACAGAGUCACAGAAGCCGGAUUUUGGAAGGCAACUGGAACAGACAGGCCUAUUUACUCAUCUGAUGGCACCGAGUGUAUUGGUUUGAAGAAGUCCCUUGUGUUCUACAGAGGAAGAGCUGCCAAAGGGAUUAAAACAGACUGGAUGAUGCAUGAAUUUCGGCUACCUUCACUCUCAGACUCAACACCACCAAAUAAGCUUUUAAACAAAAGCCUUCCUGCUAAUGAUGCAUGGGCUAUUUGUAAGAUAUUCAAAAAGACCAAUUCAAUGGCUCAGAAAGCUCUUUCUCACUCUUGGAUAUCCUCAUUUCCAGAAACUACAGCAUCUGAUAUACUCCACCAAGGUUUACCUUGCACUAAGUUGAGUCAAUUCAGUUCAGAGAACAUUUCUUGCAGAACCGAAAUGGGAUCAGCAAUACAGUUAUGCAGCAAUAGUGAACUACAACAAGUCUCCAAUGCUAGUUUUUCUGCUCCAGAUAUUCCUUCUUAUAAAUCAUUCAAUCCUACAGUCCAUAGACCAACUUCACUUCCUGUUUCCAAUGGAGACCUUCACUACAACUUCAUGUUUUCACGGCUUGAUCACAUGCUAUUAAGCCCACCAUUGAUCACUGAUGUUAGCAAGGCCUCCGACAGUAUAGAUUUCGGAGGGCAACAACACCAAUACAGCGGCUUCUUAAUCAGUUUAACCCAAGAUAUGCAAGGCAAUACAGGUGUAGGAGAAAGUGAGGAGGGCACGAGGAAGAAUUCGAAUGCAACCCCUGAGGAUAACCGUUGGGGGACUAUCCAACCAAUAGGAUUUCCUUUCAGCUUGUCUCCAAAUCUACCAUGGGAUUCACCUCAAUGUCCAAGUGAGAUGUCAACUACUUAUUCAACUGACAAAUGCUAUACUUAAACAGCUGUCUACUAGUUUUGGAUUAUUCAGUUGGAGCUAGUAUGGGCAGCAUACCUGUUCACAGUAUUAUUGUACAGUUUUCACAUAUUCCAACUAUCUACACAUCCUAGUCUAAUAUUUGCUCUCAUUUAUUUGUUUCCACUUCUUCUUCUUUCCUCCACUUGCCAAUACAGGAAAUUUGUUAUUUCCUUUGUCCCACCCACCUUCCUUAUUUCCUUUGAAGGGGAAUGGAGUCUGCCUAGAUGCUAUAUGAGAAUCAAAUUAAAA